AUGCAUCGACUGGCUCUCAGAGCAGGCAGGUCCAGGAAGCCUUUCAUACCCCGUCUUGCCCCAAGAAGUUUUGCAACUGUUCGACAACCAGAGAACAAGGAUCCUGUUGAACUGGACCAGAUAACGACUCUUAGUAACGGUCUACGUGUUGCUACCGAAUCUCUUCCGGGCCCUUUUGCCGGCGUUGGAGUCUACAUUGAUGCCGGAUCGAGAUACGAAAACAAUGAGCUCCGUGGUGUGAGCCAUAUCGUCGAUAGGCUCGCGUUCAAAUCAACUUCGAAACGCAAUGUAGACCAAAUGCUUGAAUCCCUAGAGAGCCUCGGGGGAAACAUACAAUGUGCCUCGUCACGAGAAUCCCUCAUGUACCAAUCCGCCAGCUUCAAUUCGACUGUCCCUACAACCCUUGGCCUAUUAGCGGAAACAAUCCGAGACCCUCUAAUUACAGAAGAUGAGGUUGCCCAGCAAUUAGCGGUUGCAGAAUAUGAAAUAACCGAGCUUUGGGCAAAGCCGGAGAUGAUAUUGCCUGAAUUGGUGAAUAUGGCAGCUUAUAAAGAUAAUACUCUGGGAAAUCCGUUGCUUUGCCCACGGGAGAGGCUAGGGCAGAUCACCAAGGCAACCGUGGAUAAAUACAGGACAGCUUUUUUUAACCCGAAUAAAAUGGUUGUUGCUUUCGCCGGCGUCUCUCACACAGAUGCUGUGAGGAUGACAGAGCAGUAUUUCGGCGACAUGAAGAACCAGAAGUCUCCUCUUCUAGCCCAAUUUGAAUCAGAGACAUCAUCUACACAGGGUGAAGAGGAGGUACCGACAUUUCCAGCCUUCUCGCCUUCGUCCACCACCCCUACCGAGUCUCCAAAUUCGUCAGCACCACAUUCGCCUUCAUCGACGCCUCCUUCCUCUGCUUCUUCCCCAGGUCUCCUCUCCAGAGUCCCAUUCUUCAAAAACUUAUCUACCUCGGCCCCAAACCAAGCAACAGUAUCCCCGCUUAACCCGUCUCUUCUCAAGACAGACUUGAUCGAUGUCAAUAGGCCCUCAUACUACACUGGAGGUUUCAUGUCUCUCCCGCGCAUUCCUCCUCCAGCAAACCCGGCUAUGCCACGCCUCAGCCAUAUCCAUCUGGCAUUCGAAGCCCUCCCUAUAUCGUCUCCAGAUAUAUACGCUCUAGCAACACUUCAAACUCUUCUUGGCGGUGGUGGAUCAUUCUCAGCUGGUGGCCCCGGUAAAGGAAUGUAUUCACGGCUUUAUACCAACGUACUGAACCAACACGGUUGGGUAGAAAGCUGCAUGGCCUUCAAUCUCAGCUAUACGGAUAGUGGUCUAUUUGGAAUAUCAGCCUCAUGCGUACCUAAUAGUAUAGCUAACAUGCUCGAAGUUAUGUGCCGAGAACUUCAGGCUCUCACACUUGACUCUGGUUACUCUGGCCUCCAGGUACAAGAAGUUAAUCGUGCUAAGAAUCAGCUUCGCUCAUCAUUGCUGAUGAACUUGGAAUCACGUAUGGUGGAACUUGAAGACCUGGGACGACAAGUCCAAGUUCACGGCCGCAAGAUCGGGGUCCAAGAGAUGUGCAAGAAAAUCGAAGCCCUCACAGUCGACGACCUACGACGUGUUGCUAAGCAGGUAUUCGGUGGCUUAGUACAAAACCGCGGUCAAGGCACUGGUCAGCCUACCGUUGUCAUCCAAGAAGGUGAAAUGGAAGGUACUAAACUUGCACCAUUACAGUGGACUGAAAUUCAACAAAGGAUAGCCAAAUGGGGCUUAGGCCGAGCGUAA